ACACCAGAAGAAACAAGAAAUCAAGAAAAGUAACAUAACUGAAAAAACAUCACAACAUUUUAUCAGUUUCCUGAAAGUAUUAAAUUACAAGAUAUCAAAUAUGGAUUGAGUCAAUUUGCAUGCGAUGAAUUGACUGGAAGGACCUAAGAAUACAUGCCAUAACAUGAUACAACCUUUUCUCGAGGAAGGUGCCUGGUGUUACUGGGUCGUCUCUAUUGGAGCAUUGUUGUGCUUCCUUGGUCUCAUUGUUGCUUGUAUUUGUAGCUGUCGUCGUAAUGAGAACAAGAUACGUUCAGUUGUAAUUCCUUUAAAUAGGAAUGAAUUUCUCGGCCUUGCUGGAAUGGUAACUCUAAAUGAUUCUGACAAUGAUGGCUUUAAUGGGAUUCCGAUGGCAGAUGCCCUUCGUAUAGCAACGCAAGAUAUCAUUGACAGUGGAAAAAGGUCAACCAGUGCCAACAGAAGUCUUCCAGAUAUUCCAAAAGACAAAGGAAAGAGGCAUGAAAAUACAGGAACAUCUGUAUCUCAAGAUAUUUAUGAAAUCACUGAAACGAUCGGUGAUCAGUCCGAGCUCUAUGCCACAGUACGAGAUACAGCAAAAGAGCAGAUAUCUAAACUGGACGUGCCAGAAGUUUUACAUCAAAAUCCAUCAUUGAGCCAAGAAACCUCGGAUGAUCAAUAUUUAAGAUUUGCGUCGUCCCCUAAUUCAGACAAUGUUGAACAUCCAUAUGCUCAAGUUCAAAAUGUUCAAAAAACAGAGGCUAAUCAAUCGAGUCGAAAUAAUAUUAAACAAGCAAGCAAUGUCGACAAGCCAUCGACGUCAACGUCUCAAAGUAACGGAAACCCGGUUGCACCACCAAGGACUCGUCGAUCUUCGUCGCAUAAUUCUCUUUUGUCUGCCGAAACCGGGCCAGGUGAUAUUCAGGCGGCCAAUGCCAUAUCGGGUGGAGUACAAGCUAAUCAAGAUUUGCCUUACAUGACGCCACCACUGUUAAUGUUACUGCCUCAACCACCGCAACCUCAGUCAAAUAGCCCGCAACAACAUUUUAGCGGAGAUUCUCAAGAUUCUAAAGGAUACACAAGCAUCAGUGUAAGAGAGCCCCUAGCUAACAUAAUUGCGCAGACGAAGACAAUUUGUCGACAGAGCCAAUCUGUUCGACCCCUCACGGAUCCUCAUUAUGCGACUGUAUCGGAUGAUUCUGACGAAAUGUAUGCUGCGAUCGACGAACAAGACAAGGUAUACACUAGCGGUAGCGAAACAUACGCACAAAUACAACCGACGAUGACAGAGAUUCAACGAGUACAAAACGAGCAAACAUUAUUCUCCCGCGUUCCAUCUCGUUCCGAUGAAACUUACCCUGCUCCGCAACCACCGAGCGUCGAUAGUUUACGGCAUGUUGCACAUGCUCAUUCAAGACAAGCUUCGUCGUCGAGUGCCAAUAGUUCUAUCGUAAAUCCUGGAUCGCCAAAGCCUGAGAAACGUCAAGCGAAUUCACCGUUACCGCCUCCGCCGGAAGGGACAGCAGAAGUAUACGCAUUAAUCGAGAAGAAGCCAAAAAGCGAUGACCGAAUGAAAUCAGCUUUAUCCAGUGGGAAAUCUUUAGAGGAUAUGUACGCGAAAGUAAUGAAGAAAAAGAAAGACGCGGAAGAACAGCAAAAUGACGCGCAUUCAAAUUCUCAGGGAAGCCUGCAUUCUGAUACAUUUGUCCUUGGUUCUGUUCGAAAAUCAAGUCUUGUUGAAAGUAACAGAAUUGCAUCAUCUAGUCAUGAUUCUAUGGAAAUACAAAAGAAAGAAUCCGAUUCCGUCGGUGAUGUCGGUAAUUUUCAUUCGGAAACGGACGUUUUGAUGAAAUCAUCCCCUCCUUCAUCAUCUAGAACUGAUGACGGGUUGGACUCGUCGAAUUUCACGCUCGGUCAUGGAUACGAAGUUAUGAACAGUGAUUUACCUAAAAAACAUUCAACCACUCGCGAGUCCUGUGAUCCGAACUAUGAAGUGUUAUGCCCACAACAAUGCCUCACUAUGGAUACUGCAACAGACUAUCAGCAAACUAGCAACUCCGUUCCGAUUUCUUUACGAAAUAACGUAGAUUUACCAACCACUUCUUCCCUUUCUACUUCUUCUCCUUCAACUUCUUCAUCAUCAUCUUCAUCAUCAUCUUCUUCUUCUUAUUCCAUGCCAUUCAAACAUCGACAAAUUAGUAACGCUAGUAGUGAAGAUCCAGGAUACGAGAAAGUAAAGUUAAGGAGCAGAUCCGAAAUGGAUCCAGACACGGACUCGGAACCGAAUUAUGAAAGUAUGCCGCAUGAUUCAGGAGAACCAAAUUACGCUUCAGUUUGCAGACCUGGUGACAGCGACACAGACCCUAAUUACGAAUCUGUUAAUCACGGAGAUCCUAAUUACGAGAGCGUGAAAUAUAUGAGUGUUACUCGCACCGAGGAACCGCCAUACGAACAAGUGAAUACAUAUAAACUCGAACAAGAUCCGAAUGGAUACGAGAAAGUGCAGAAAAAUAUAUUGUUUAACGCUGAUUACGAACAGAUACAUCAAAAUCAUUCUUCUAAGCCGAUUAAUGGAGAUACCGAUGACGAGCAAUAUGUGCAAGUCUAAUCGAAUAUUCUCCUUCGUUUCCCUUUCGUUGUUUUCUUUUACCGCUGUCAUGCUCCUUUUAUAAUCCUUUGUAUCAUCAUAUCUUCUAACAUUUUUUCAUAUGAUUUUCUGUCGUCCAUUGCUUCAUGCUUGUUUCUUCUUUAACUUUGUCCAUCAACUCUAUUUCUCUAACAAUCGUACAGUUAAUUGUUUAAUCGUCAUUCUUCACUUUUUAUUUUACUCGACCUUAAAUUUUUUUUUAUUAUGAUGAAAUGCAAAUUAUAAGAUCGAAUUGAGGAAAAGUGUAUAAUGUAAAUAAUGCGAUUCGUUUUCGUUUCAUCAUUCUGAUUCGAUUUAGUUUUACCGUUAUUUCUAUGUUUUUCCCCGUGUCCCGUUUCUCGCUGUCCCUUUUUCUCAAAUAACAUCAAAUGGCAUGUAUCGUACUAGUAAGGUGUGUUACAUUUGAACACAUGUUUACGAUAACAUCUUGCAGAACUCGUAAUUAGUAACUUCGAUGAUAAUGUAAUUGCAUACAUAUGAUGCAACAUAUGUUUGAACAUAACCUUUGAACAUAACAUGAUCUUACUUCCGGCGCUAAUUUAUGGAAAAUGAAUAUAUGUCGCGAUUAAAUGCAUUCAUUUUAAAUAUAAUGAUUUGUAGUCUUUUAUAUGUAUUUUUCACGAGAUCGAACGUUUUUCGGUAAAAUAAAAGAAAGCAAAAAAGAAACAAAAGGGAGUUGUCUUGUUCUGUGAAAUCCUGCUAAAAAGGGAAAUUGAAUCAAAAUCGAAACCACAAAUAUACAUCACACACAAAUCUGUUACAUCCUUUAUUAUUUCGCGCACUUCUCCUUGUUUCGUGUGAUUUUUUUUUAGAAAUGCGAUGUACUUCACGCCUAUCAAAUUUGUUAUUCUCUUCAUUUACUAUGAACAUGUUAAAUACCAUCGUUCCCUGUGUAUUUGGCUAUACAUUUUUCUUUGUUUCUUCGUUUCUAUUCCCCUUCUUUUUUCUCUCGCUAUCGUUAUUUUUCUUUUCGUUAGACACAAAUUAAAAUCUAUGUCCGCUUUCAAGAUUCAUGCAAAAUGCGAAACAUUUAAACAUAAGAUAACUAUUAAGUAAAGGGGGAGCAAAAAGUAAAAAAUUCGACGCGUAAAAUUUUUUUGUCAAUGUAACUUGCUGCUCAAUCAUUUCGUGUUCGGUAUUUGAUCAAACACGAUUAUGUUUGAUUACGUCUGAUUCUCACUUGUAUAAAAUCGUAUAAUGUAACUAUCAUAUCAAAUGGCAGCAUUUAUAGAUUUCCUAUACAUUUAUACGCGACGUAUUUCUUAACAGUCCUGUUUUGUUAGUGUGCGUUGCAUACAACAUAAAACUGAGUUGUUCUGUCUAAAAAUUGUAUAAUUGGUUGAAAGUAAACAAUAAUCUAAGGUAAUGGGAAAUAUAAAACUUUUGAGAAACAAAUAGGUAUCAUGGUAGGUUUGGAUCGUUCAAAUAAUCUUCCUUAAUCGUACGAAUUAAAAAAAUAGAAGUAGGGGUCAAAAAUUUUAUCACAAAAAUAUACAUAUCGUGAUUUAUGAAACCACUGUAUGUAUAUUACUCAUCACACCAAGAAAUAGGACGCAACUACGUAAACUUGAACUGGCCAUUUCAAGCUACAGAUCUUAUCGCUCGACAAUUGUAUAUGCUUAAAACUAAAAAAAUAACAUUUACAAAGAAAUUGCGUAGGUACUAUUUGUGAAAUGAUCACGUUCUCACAUGUGUAAAAUAUGUAUGCGCGUUGCGUACAACUAGUUACAUGCUACGUGAACGGAUUACGCAAGGGAAGGAUGCAUGUGGUAACAUGUUCUUCUGUAUAAUCGAACAUUUCAACCAGAUACGAAUAUAACGUAAUGUUAUUACUUCAACCAUACCUUGCCCGUGGACUCGGCUAAAUACAUGCAAGAAAAUAUAAGAAAAAGGUGUCAAUGACAACGCAUUGACGUAACAAUAACGAUAAAUCUAGUUAACUCGAAGUAAAAAUAUAUUUUACUUAUUGUUUUGGAGGAUCAGGAGCUUCGGAAAUAUCGUUAACAAUAACCGCACCUUUUCAUUUCUUUCACUCCAUCUUCAAUGAAACACAACUGAUGCAACGAUUUAUUUUCCAUUCAAAUUAUUGCCGAAUUACAGCUCGGCUAUUUGUCGCGUUCUUAUCUUUACGCUUCUCUGUAUACGAUCCUACAUAUUGCAUCAAUAAUUAUAUAUAUUAAAAAUACGCUAUUUUAAAAGGAGU